UUAGGUAGGUAGCAGUUUCCCCACAUUAGGCAGCAUAGAUUCCCCACAUUUGGUACCAGUUUCCCCACAUUAGGUAGGUACCAGUUACCCCACAUUAGGUAGCAAUUUCCCCACAUUAGGUAGCACAGAUUCCCCACAUUAGGUAGCAGUUUCCCCACAUUCGGUAGCACAGAUUCCCCACAUUAGGUAGCAUAGACUCCCCACAUUAGGUAGCAUAGACUCCCCACAUUAGGUAGCAUAGACUCCCCACAUUAGGCCGCAGGUUCCCUUGCAGGUUCCCCACAAUGCGUCAAAGUCUCCCCACACACACACACACAAAAAAAAAAAACACAUACAACACAGAGAGACACACACACAAACACACACAGUCAGAGAGACACACACUCACAGACAGACACACAGAGUCACACAGUCACACACACACACAGAGUCUCACACACACACACAGAGUCACACAAACACACAGUCACACACAGAGUCACACAAAUACACAGAGUCACACACACACUCAGCGAGUCACACACACAAACAUAGAUAGAGACAGACACACACACUCACCCAUCCAGCGCAGCGAUCCUUCUCACCGGGCGCAAUGCGAGUGACGUAACUGACGUCCCCCUGAGCGGCCAUGCGGUGUGACGUCAGGCCGGAGCAGACGUGGGAGCGGAGGCCGGGCACAAUACUGGUGAAGAGUGAAAACAAUGGAUAUCUGCUCACUUCAGAAGCUGGUUCCUAUUCAUGGGGUUCUCAUGGGUAUAAAUAUUUAUGAAAACUGGGAAAAAGUUGAAAAAUUUCAGGCCAGAUCUGAUGAUUGGGUUAUUGCGACUUAUCCUAAAGCUGGUACUACAUGGGCAUGUGAAAUUGUCGACAUGAUUUAUUCUGGAGGAGACCCUGAAAAAUGUCGUAGAGACGCUAUAUAUAAUCGGGUGCCAUAUCUAGAAUUUCAAAUUCCAGGAAUGCCUUCUGGCGUAGAACAACUUGAUGCCACACCAUCCCCAAGACUAGUGAAAACGCAUCUUCCCAUUCAGCUGAUGCCAAAUUCUUUUUGGGAAAAAAACUCAAAGAUAAUUUAUGUUGCAAGAAAUGCCAAAGAUGUGGCAGUAUCAUACUAUUUCUUUCACCAAAUUGUCAAAGCAUUACCUGAUCCAGGACCCUGGGAUGUAUUCUUAGAUAACUACAUAAAAGGAAAUGUGAGCUAUGGAUCAUGGCAUGAUCACGUAAAAGGCUGGUGGGAAAAGAGGCAUGACUACAAUAUUCUUUAUUUAUUCUAUGAAGAUCUAAAAGAGAACCCAAAGAGAGAAAUAAGAAAGAUGCUGGAUUUCUUGGAAAAAGAGAUAAGUGAUGAUAUACUUGAGAAAAUUGUUUAUCACACAUCUUUUGAUGUCAUGAAAACUAAUGACAUGGUCAAUUAUAAAACAAUACCUAAUGAGAUUUUAGACCAAUCUACAACUUCCUUCAUGAGAAAAGGUAUUGCUGGAGACUGGAAGAACCAUUUCACUGUUGCUCAGAAUGAAAAGUUUGAUGAAGACUACAAGAGAAAGAUGUCAGACACAGAGCUUCACUUCAGAACUGAGAUUUAAAGAACAGUUCACAGCUCCUGCUUUAUUAUUUCAUGGCAGCCCGGCCCACAGGGUCUUUGCCCAGUAAGUCCAGGCAUAAAUA